AUGCGGCAUUCGGAGCGGCUAGAUUUUGCAGAUGAGGAUGCUUGGUUCCAGCAUCCUGAUUCCCGCAGCUUCCCGAUGGACCCGCCAAUCACAACUCGAGGCAAGAGCUUGGCCAAGUUCCAAGGGCAGACGCUGACCGAGUUGUGCAACAAGCUGGGGACACCGAUCGACGUCGUGAUCACCUCGCCUUUCCAUCGGUGUGUGCAGACGGCGGCCGCCAUCAUCGAGGUCCUGCCCUUGCGAAACGGCAAGAAGGUGCCGAUACUCAUCGACUGCGAAAUCGCAGAGGUGGGUCUCUAUAAGAAGCCGCCCGGGAUCAGCGACCCUGGGCUCAUCAAGGCCCACCAGGAGUUCUGCAGCCGUCGGCGCACCUUCGACGAGGUGGCAGAGCUGCCGGACCUCCAAGGAAUAGAAAAGCUCAAUGCCAACUCGUUUGUCGGCAUCGCGCCCCCCUUCCCCGAGCAACGGCGCUCGGCCCACAUCCGUGGCCUCUACCGCUUCGCGGAAUGGCUGGAAAGGGGGAGAUAUGCGCGACUCAACUUCCUUAUAGUCACCCACCAGGAUUUGGUGCACACAUUCUGCUCAAUGAUCAAGCCCGAGGUUUGCAUCGAGUGGGUGAAGUACUGCGGCUGGGGUGCUGCCUUUGUCAAGCGCAAGGACUUUGGUAACCUUUCGGCCGACGCGAUCCAGAAGCGGAGCACCAAGCCGCCCCCCCCGCUGCAUUCCCUGCAGAUCACUUCAGAGCUCGGCUCUGGUGUGCGUUGGUCACCAUACACCGUGGAUCCUCGCACCGGCAACCAUCUUCGCUGGUACCCUGCCGAAGACGAGACUGGUGUGGCAGCCAUUGCCGCCAUUUUCUCCAACCAGCAGAGUACUGAAUUGCAGGAAAUGAAACGCUACGCGGACACGCAGGCCUUGCAACGUGCCUUCCGGGGUGGCAAGACAUUUUCGCUCAUCAUGUCGGCCGCGAACAGCAGGUCGGAAAACGAACUUGAGGAUAAUGUCCGCGACAAGCCGCCGUCGACGGAGGACAUUGACAUUGCGAAGCUGGAGAUCAGUGACGCUUACGAGAAGGUCAUGCUCAAUAGCACCGUUAUGGAACCGCCCAAGCGCUCGACUUCCGAGGAGGAGAUGGUGAGCUGUGAGCGCAGUGCGACAGUCAUGGUGCAGGGGACAGUAUUGGUCCUCAGCGUGAGAUUGAGCCCAGGCCGACCUGCCUCUUUGCCAGUCGGAGCUGUGGCCUCGCAGAUAGAGGGCUUUGUCGUCAUCUAUCAGAAGUGCUUGGCACGCUUGCUGGUUCUGAGUAGCAUAGCGUGCUAUGGAUUGGCCAUCAAGGCUCGCGGCGUCCACCCGAACCUGACGCCGCUAUUUAACGUGAAGGCGACUUUCGAUCGCAAGCAUAUCGACAAGCUCAAGGGGCUCUCGGCCACCCUGGACAACGAAACCAACCAGAUCGUGUUGGUGAAUGCUGUGGAGGAACAUGCAGUGUCUUGGGCGCGACUCGCCGAUCGAUUGAGCGAAACCGGCUGGAUAGAGCUGCAUGUCAGCACUCCGAAAGGUGCUUUCUUCUCCAACGAUUUGAAAAUGUACAGCGCAGGGAUUGUGGAGGGCUACCUCACGGCAGAACGCAUGUCCCAGUUUUACAGCAACUUUUACCCUUUGUUGCAGCCGAAUGAGGAUUCCACUCUUGCCAUGAUGAACAUCAGGAACUCUUUCAACCAGCAGAUUCAGCACAUCAUGCGCAUGUGCCAGCUGGCCGCCGGCACGGCCGAGGGAGAGCCGGCCGAUCCGUACUGGAAGCACGUGCGGUAUCUUUUCCUGCAGAUGUGGGGUUUGAAGGAUGCCUACAACCUCGUGGCGGAAGAGAAGGGCGUGCGGACAAUAGACAUGGUCGAUCUGCUGUUCAUCAACUCCCACGCGGAGCUCCCUGAGCUCAUUGAGGCUUUUCGGCCGCAAGCGGUGGCGGCCAGAAGCGGCGCUGCAAGCUCCGAUGCUCCUGACUCACAAAAUUCUACAUCAGGAUCGCUACUGGAAGCCCACGUGUCACAGGCUGAUGCUCUAACGAUCGAUUCCGACUGGAAGCUCCGAUUGGCGAAGCACGGCCACUGCACGGCGCUAGUGCGCCUGGCCCCUGCAAAUUCGGAUCUUUUCAUUGGGCACACCACCUGGGGCGACUACAGCAAAAUGAGCAGGGUGUACAAGUACUACCGAUUUGAUCUGCCUUUGUCAUUUCACUCGCACGAGCUGAUGGGUUUCAGUUCAUAUCCUGGCUGCGUCAGCAGCACCGACGACUUUUACAUGAUGGACAAUGGCCUGGCAGUGAUGGACACCACGCUGGAGGUCCUUAACCCGAAGUUGUACAGCCGGGUCAUGGAUGAUCCUGGCAAGCCCAGGCUACCCAAGUUUCUGCAUGUCAUGGCUGUGAAUCGUGUGGCAAAGACAGGCACGCAGUGGACGUCGAUGAUGGCAGAGCAGAACACAGGCACCGGAAACUCGCAGUGGAUUGUGGUGGACUACAACAGGUUUCUUCCUGGACAACCUUUGCAGCGAAAUACGCUCCGGAUUCUGGAGCAAGUUCCUGGUAUGACGCAUCAGGCGGACAUUACCACAGAGCUCACUUCGCGUGGCUAUUGGGGGUCCUUUAAUCGUCCAUUCUUUGAGGACAUCAGACGGAUGUCUGGGCACAAGACAGCUGAGGAGUCCUACGGCAAGCUGUUCUCCUUCGAAGACUCACCGCGAGCAUCCUUGCUCCGCCGAUUUGGAUCCGGAGUGAGUCAAUUGGGCGAUAUGCGUUCAACCAUGACGCGCAACGAUCCUAAGGAUGCAGUUCCAGGAUUCCCUGCCGGGCCAGGGCAUGCCAUCAUGGCCCGGCUGGAUUUGGAUUCGAUGGUGAACAAUAUCCCGAAUGGAGGAAUUGAUGCAAAGGUGACAAGCGCUUGCUUGUUCAAGCGGAUGGCUUGUCAGGCCGUGAGCGGACCAUCGCAUGGUUCAUAUCCCGCCUUCCGAUGGACGAGCCAGGCGACAGACACAGCUCCUGCAGCUGAAUUGUUCCAGGGCUGGCCGCACUUGGGGUUGCCAGAUGUUUGGGAUUUCGAUUUUGUCGAGAUGAGCUCUGACGAGGACAAGCUGGCAAACUCCCAGCUGAGCGACAGCUGCUAA